CCCGCGCCCGCCCCCUCCGCGCGCAUUGGUGCCGCCGCCUGUCGGUCCCCGCGCUCUGGGGAGGGGGCGCCGCGGGGCUGCGGUCCCUCUGCAGAGGGCUGCUCGCUGCCGGUGCGACCGUGGCUUCCCGAGUGCCCCGGCGUCCGGCCCUGCGUCGGUCAGGGACCCGGUGGUUUCUCCUUAAAUAAAACAAAAAUCUACCCAGUAAAAGGGCUGUCAUGAAGAAAUUAGCGAAAUUACAAGUAAUAGAGAAUGUAGGCAUUUGUAUAACUGGAGAAACCACCUAAAAUGACUGUAUGGAGUAAGACGAAAGGAAUGAUUACAUCUGGAAGAAAUUUUACUCAGUGUGAUAUUUUUGCCCACUUUUUUGUCACAAUAGACUGCUAAGGAAGAGACGAUACAGUUUUCUAGAGGAAGAAAGAGUGUAAUGUGAAAAUGGAGAUCACAGUUUCUGAAAUACAAGUAGAAAGUAAGGAAGAGACGAGAUCAGCAGAAGUUAGACCUCAGGAUGAGAGGCAGGAGGAAAAAGCAUCGAUGCUCUGCUUCAAGAGAAGAAAAAAAGCAGCCAAAGCAGUGAAGGCUGAAGCCAGCUCUAAAGCUGCUGAUGCAGCAAGGAAGUGUCCCCCAGAAGCAGGAGCUUCUGAUCAGCCACAGCACCCCGGGGGGGCCUGGGCCUCAAUCAAACGCCUUGUAACACGCAGGAAAAGGUCAGAGUCUUCAAAGCAGCAAAAGCCCUUUGAGGCUAAACUGCAAUCUGAAAUCAAUGCUGAGGAUGCUAAUCCUUCUAAGAAAAAGGCAAAAUCCAGAUUCAAGAUUCCCUGCAUAAAAUUCUCAAAAGGAGAGAAAAGAAGUAAUCACUCCAAAAUCAUAGAAGACUCAGACCGCAGUGUCAAAGUCCAAGAGGCUGAAAAUCUGGUUACAAAAACUCUGACCCAAUCAGAUGACCAGGCAACAGAGAGCAAGUCGCCCCAGGAUGUAAGGGAAGAUGUCUCACAGAAAGGGGAUGAUGAGGUCUGUGAAUCAAAUGUGAAUGACAGCAUAACUUCUCCUGGAGAGAAAGUGAUUUCAGUAGAACUUGAGUUAGAUAUGGGUCAUUCUGCUAUUCAAACAGGAACGCUAAUCCUUGAAAAAGAUACUGAAAUGCUUGAAGAAAAACAAAGCAUUCAACCUCAGCAAGUGAGCCCAUUGGAAGCUUCAGAUACAGAACAGGAGCUCCCAGUGGGUUCUGAGGUUCCUUCCUCGCCUGCAGUUCCAGAUCGACAAAUUCUGGAAGAAGCCAGACAUGGUGUCCUAGAAAGUGGACCAGAUUGGAAGGAGCAUGAAAGUAGAGAGAUUGUUGUUGAGGAGAGUAAGCCAAAAGAUACUGAAUUGAGCCAGGAAUCAGAUUUUCAAGAAAAUGAGAUCACUGCAGAAAAACCCAAACCAGAAGAAAGCAAAAGAAUGGAGCCAAUUGCUAUUAUUAUCACAGACACUGAAAUCAGUGAAUUUGAUGUUAAGAAAUCUAAAAAUGUCCCUAAGCCAUUCUUAAUUUCAAUUGAAAAUGAGCAAGUAGGGGUUUUUGCUAAUGACAGUGGUUUUGAGGGUAGAACUUCAGAACAAUAUGAAACACUCUUAAUAGAAACAGCUUCUUCUCUUGUCAAGAAUGCUAUCCAGUUGUCUAUAGAACAGCUUGUUAAUGAAAUGGCCUCUGAUGAUAAUACAAUAAACAAUCGUCUACAGUGACAAUUUCUAGAUCAUGGGAGGGAAAAACAAAAGCUUAAUGGUUAAUUAUUUUACAUAAUUGUGGCAUUUCUUUUUUCAGCAACAAAUGAGAGAUUUAGCAUCUGUGGAAUUUAA